AUGCAGGUAAAAGUUGAAGUUCAGGCGCAGCAAAAAGCUCAAAUUGAGGGACAGGCUACCGCACAAGCACGAGUAAUGGUCAUUAUGCCAUUAAGAUACGUGAAAGAGCGAGAUGAGAUACAACGCCAGCACGAGCUACAAAAUCAAGCCGUGAAGAAGCGGGAAGCCAGUGUUGUCAUGUAUCGAGCGGCCGUAGAAGAGCAGAAAUGCGCUCAGAUUGAGCGCAAAGCUAUGCUAAAUGAAGAAGUACAGAAGCUGAGAAAGACCAAUCAAGAAUUCGCCCUUACGGCAACACAAGUAAAGCAACAAAUUAAGGAAGCCGAAGAACGGGAGCUCCAGAGGGAAGGGGUCGUUCAAGCAUGGGCAGGGUGUGUACCACCGUUGAAAGCAGGACGAAAGAAGUGUUAA